AGGACUCCGGCCUCUCCAGCCGCUGUGCCUCUGAGCGGCGGCGUGGGGGACGAGAGAGUACAUUAAAGAGAUGGCUCCCCCAUCACCUCAUCUGAUUACUUAUGUCAUCGUUUCGAUCUCGCGCUCCAACGGAAAACUACCUCGUAGAAAGAGAAGGAGGAGAAGGAAAAGAGGACACGUGUUGAAUGGACAAAAUCGAUCUCUGUGGAGUUUGUCAUUCAUAAAGGAUUUCUUCUGGGGAAUUCUUGACUUUAUCAUUAUGUUUUUCAAAAGCAUGAUUCACCCAAAUGUGAAGAGAGGUUGUAGAAACUCCUCCUCUGAUUCCAAAUAUGAUGAUGGAAGAGGGCCUCCAGGAUAUCCUCGCCGUGGAAUGGGUCGUAUUAAUCAUUCAAAUGGACCCAGUCCUCCUCCAAUGGCUGGAGGUGGAUGAGGAAGGUAAAUGCCUGCUGAAGAAGCAGGCAACCUUACAACACAUUCAUCAUGGGAACCGAAAGAAUUCCUAAUGGUGGACCAAACCAUUUUUGAAUCAUGAUUGAAUGUGUAUGUCUAAAAUAAUUGUGCUGUGAACAAGCAGAUUAAUGAUGUUUUGCUGGGAAUUCCUUCAGGGAUCCAGUAUAACUGAUAAAGCAAUUAUAUAAAGGCACACUUUUUUCUGUUC